UUAUUUUAUUCUUAGGUUGUUGUAUGCCUUGCUGCGGAAGGAAAAAGAGAGAGGUCCUUUUGUUAAACAAAAUAUGAAUUAAUAAAAAUAAUAUUUUUGCAUUAAAAACAGGUGGUAAUGCCGCACUUGAAGAGCAAUGAAGUUCCAUGUCCACAAAUUGAGUGGCGUGAGCUAAUGAAUUCUUCAAUGAUUGCCGGCGAUGCUAUUUCUUCCUUAACAUCAAUCCAAACAGCAUUGCAUAACCGCUUUGGAAACAACAAUAACAGCAAAUUUUUAGUAAAUUGUGCAAUUUACCAAGAAAAACCAGAACAAAUACAAACUUCCGCUAUAGCAACAUUAAAAGAGGAAAAGACGGAAAAUUCAGAACAAAAUAAUUUUUUGCUUCCACAAAAUAUGUAUUUUAGUUCGAGCGGGGAUGGGUAUUGUAACGUUCGUUUUGGUGGAGUGUGGUGCCAAGCCGUGGCAUUACGUGCCUAA